CGUGACGCCAACACGUGACCGGGUUCACAGUUGAAUGUCACUGCGGCUCAGCGUCCUCUAUGGUCCUCAGCAUGGCGGUCCUAGUGGGACACAGAGCCUUGUUGCAAGCCUUCCGCGUGAAGGCAACGGGCCAUGACAGUGUGUGUAGGCUGGCAGCGGCCUUCUGCUCGAGACAGUAUGCUUUCCCCGGGAAAGUCUCGCCUUCUUCUCGCCUCAACGGUCCCAGAGCCGGGACACGACACUACAGCUCGGACUCGAAGGAGGACCUGCGCGUCCGAUACCUGGACGGAGAAGACGCCGGUAUUGUUGUCGUUGGGAUAAAUCGACCCAAAGCGAAAAAUGCCAUAAGCAAAAAUCUGGUCAAGAUGAUGUUUGAGGCUGUGGAGGAUAUCAAGAAGAAUAACAAAGUGCGCAGUGUAAUUCUAUGUAGUUUGGUUCCGGGGAUCUUCUGUGCAGGUGCAGACCUGAAGGAGAGGGCCAAGAUGCACCAGAGUGAAGUGGGACCGUUUGUGUCCAAAGCCAGAGCACUCAUCACAGAGCUGGGUAACCUGCCGGUACCAACGAUUGCUGCCAUUGAUGGAGCUGCCUUAGGAGGAGGCUUGGAAAUGGCCCUUGCUUGUGACAUCAGGAUUGCCUCCAAUACUGCCAAAAUGGGACUAGUUGAGACCAAACUUGCGAUUAUUCCUGGAGCAGGUGGGACUCAGCGUCUCCCCAGGGUGAUAAGUGUCUCUCUUGCUAAGGAGCUCAUCUUUGCUGCUCGGGUGGUGGACGGAGCAGAGGCGUGUCGACUGGGCCUCGCCAAUCAUUCUGUGGAGCAGAAUAACAGUGGAGAUGCUGCCUACCUGCGGGCUCUGGAGCUCGCCCGCGAGAUCAACCCUCAGGGUCCAAUUGCAAUAAGGAUGGCAAAACUGGCGAUCAACCAGGGGAUAGAGGUGGAUUUAUCUACUGGUCUGGCAAUUGAAGAAGCAUGUUAUGCCCAGGUGAUACCAACUAAAGAUCGAUUGGAGGGUUUGGCUGCAUUCAAGGAGAAGAGGCGUCCUCAGUUCAAGGGGGAGUGAAGCCCCACUGCUUCCAGAAAACAAUCCUGAGUUCUGCCUUCAGCUCUCCUACUACUCCACUGCUUCCAACAUGUUACGGGUGAAACUGGACACGUCGACACCCAGAGGAUGUCUGUUAGACCGCAGGACAUUAGGGCCUCUCCUGGCUGGCGUUUUUUUACCAGGGACUCGAAUGUUCAAGUGUAAAGCACGUCCACCAAGCAAACUAACCAAUCAUUGGCCACUGCUUACAGUACUAAAAACUUACUUGACUAACUCAACUGGCAAUCUAAAACAUCAAAUUACUUCAAAUGGCUAUUGAUCUUUGCAUUAGAUUGGUAGUUGGUCACUAACCUCUUUGACUAAUAAUCCAAUCAUUCAGCCAUUGACGUGUCUGAAUGCUUCACAUAAAUGAUGCAACAGAAAGA